GUAAUACUUCAGGUGGUGCUUCAGGUGGUGAUUCAGGUGGUGCCUCUGGUGGUGGUCCUUGUGGUGCCUCUGGUAGUGGUCCUGGAGAUCCUUCUAAUAGUAAAAUAGUAAAAUCAAAAAAUGUCAAAAAAUAA